AUGUUACAUCUUGAUAUUGAAGUGCAGACUAUCCAAUUUUUCAUUGGCUCCUCACUCGAUUCAUGUUCUAUUAGAUUAAACGAUUCCUCCUCCACUACUGUCUUGGAAUCGAAAGUCAGAUGCAAAUCCAAAGAGAUUCAAGAAAUUUGGGAGAAAAUUGAGUUAAAUGUGUAAUAUGUUGAGAAAGGCAAUGUAUUGGAUUAUUGCAUAUUUUUAUAGUUGAAACUCUUCUUUUAUGAAGGGACAUCCAUUUUUGGAGAGGCGACCAUUAAUUUAGGGUUUUAUAUUGAGAACAAUCUUCCUCUUAUCAUUGACAAAAUUACAAUACAAAAUAAAUUCGAUUCAGAAGCAUAAGUUUAAAUGAGUCUCGCAUGGAAUUAGUUGGAUUAGGUGCAACCCAAAUAAAAUCGGUAAGUAAGUCCUUUGAGAGACCAACCACCUUCUUAGAGACCAAUUGGGUAAUAAAAGAAACCAGCUGAUGAACUUCAUUUUGAUAAGAGAACUGUUCAUGCCACAUACACAUAAUGGAAAGAUCACUAAGAAAUGGUGAAGGAAUAAUAUGUCAAGAGAUUGAAGGAACCCAUCAAAAAAGGACAAUUAGAAGAUGAAAAACUUGAAGAAGUUCGUAAACCUGAAGUUCGAAUCAUGAGUCCUCGCAGAUUCCAAACUCCCAAGGAUUAUAAACCUCUAAAUAAGUAAUAAAUUUAAAAAUCAACUGGAGGAUUUGACAAUCUAAAAAUCUCAAAUAACAAUCAAUUGGAUUUCAGAUAAAUCAACAAGGACUUACAGAACAACUCAAAUAACAGAGCUCCAUCUAAAAGUCCCAAUCGUUAUGAUUCAAGAACGAAAACAAGAAAUGAAAUCUUAUCUGCUACUUCACCCAUCGAAUAGAGUGAAAUCCUCAAAGGAUCUACCAAACCCAAACCAUUGCCUAAGAAAGGAGAAUUCUAAGAGAAUUUUGGGACCAGACCAACCUAAUUGGAAGGAGGUUUGACCAUGUCCAGCAAGUAAUUGGAUACAGAAGGAGAUUCCAGUUAAUGGAGAUAAUAAUUGUCCUAGUUAUAAUAAGAGAAUUCUCAAUUAAAAAAUUAAAUUUAAAAACUAACUAAUGAAAAUUAGAGUUUAAAAGAUCAAUAAAUCAAAAGUGAAGCUGCCUUUAAUUUGUUAUCAGAAACUUACAGCAAUCUAAGGAACGAGUAUCAAAGAAUCUAGGUGAAGAGCUUUAAUAAUAGUUCAAGUCAUUCCUUAUUAACAAGCAAGGAAACGGAUCAUUUGAAAAGAGAAUUAGAUCAAAAAUCUAAAGAAAUUGAAUUCUACAAAAAAGAGGCUGAAUUAUGGAAAAAGGAUUUGGAAGUUACUAAAAGAGAAAAUGCCUAAAUUAAAAAAGAAGCAGAACAGCAAAAGAGAGAAUUCGAAAAUAGAUCUUAUGAUUUCGAAAACCAAAAAAGAGAUAACGAGAACAAAAAGAGAGAAAUAGAAUAUCUAGAAAAGGAGUUGUAAAGAGCUCAAUAAGCUAUUUAAUUGAUCCAAAAUGAAAGUUUUAGGAAUUCCUCUUAACUAUCAGGACAAAGUGGCAAUUAGGAAAUUCUAGAGCAAAUGAAAAAUCUAAUUAAAACGAGGCAAAUUGAAGUGGACAGUAAGAAUGAAGAAAUUAAGUAAAAUAAGAUUAGAAUAGCUUAUUUAGAGAAGGAAUUGUAAGAGAAAGGCAGACGUUCUUAGGAUUAAUGCGAUCAAAUUAAGAAUCUAAGUUCUUAGUUGGAAUAAGAGAAUGAUCAAUUGAAAUAACAAUUAAUUGAAAAGAAUGUUGAAUUGAAAUCAAAAAAUUAAGAGAUUGAGAGAUUAAUGGCUUAGAAUAAUUUAAUCCUGCAAUCUCCUGAUAUUUAGAAUACAGAUUAAGCUAAAUUAUUAAAUGAAUACUUAGCAAAGACAGCUGCUUUGAAAUAGGAGAAUGAAAGUUUAAUCUUGUAAAGUAAAAAAGAUUAAGUUGAAAUUGAGAGUUUACAAAACUAGGUUGAAAUAAACAAGAAAAUUGUUGUACUAAGUGAUUAGCGCCAUCAAACUCUCGAGCAUUAAAUAUUGGAAUUAGAAAAAGCUGUCGUUGGAGGAAAAUAAAAUAUGGCAGAUGUGAUCAAUGCUGUAAUGGAAUGCGGUGGUCCUCAGUUGGCUGAGGAGGUGGAGAGAUUCUUGAUUACUAGAAGGAGUACCAAAAUCGGUUGA